AUGACGCACAAGGCCACUGGCGAGAUGUUGCGAAAACACCUCAACACUUUGCCUAGAGGCCUCGCGUCACUUUUUGAUCACAUCCUUCAGCAACUUGAGCCAGAAGAUGCGAGAAAGACUCUCCGGAUUAUAGAUGCACUUCAAACUGCCAGAUCGAACGGAUUGACGCUACUAUUACUCACAUUCUCCCUCCUCCUGGACGAAUACGAUGCAGACUCGGCAUUCUCAUUACGUGACGGUCUUAAGUAUGAGCCCAUCCCAGACGAGGAAAUUCUCCAGGCGCAGCUUCGCGGUGCUUGUGGCGGAUUGAUAGAAAGCCAUGGGAGCACCCGUCACGGGAGUCUGAAGCUACCUUGCGGCUUUUGGGGCAAGGAAAAACAGGAGAAGUUCAAAGAUCCACCUACUUGA